CAGACGUUGGAACAUGUAGCUAUAGAAACUUACUGAAGAUGUCUCUUCCAAACAAACAGCGUCAAACUAUUGUUAAUCCUCCUCCACCAGAAUAUAUCAAUCUUAAAAAAACUGGCUGUUUAACAAAUCAGCUUCAAUAUUUACUGAGGGUGGUCAUGAAAGCUAUGUGGAGGCACAACUUUUCCUGGCCAUUUCACCAGCCUGUAGAUGCUGCAGCACUAAACCUUCCUGAUUAUUAUAGUAUCAUUAAGAAACCCAUGGACUUGAGCACGAUUAAAAAGCGUUUGGAACAUAAUUAUUACACAAAAGCUACAGACUGCAUUGAAGACUUCAAAACUAUGUUCACAAACUGCUAUGUAUAUAACAAGCCAGGUGAUGACAUUGUUUUUAUGGCAGAAGAAUUAGAAAAAGUAUUUAUGCAGAAAGUGGCACAAAUGCCUCCAGAAGAGAAAAUCGUGAUCGUUAAUAAAGGGAAAAGAAAAGGAAAGAAACAAGAAGGAGCUCAGCAGCCUGACAUAGAUGUUUGUACCACUAAGCAAAAUCAACUGCAGAAGCAACUUGAAAGCAUUGCUAAGCAGCCUCAUGCAAUGACUCCACUACCACAGCAGGCUGUGCUAGCCCCUCAGUCAAUGGCUCAGUCAACUACCUUAAUGGCAGCCACGCUACCUGUAACAAAAGUUAAAAAUGGUGUGAAAAGGAAGGCUGAUACUACUACAAUAUUCACAGGAAGCUCUGAGUCCUCUCCAGCACUUAAUGAUCCCAAAGUUGCUAAAAUAUUAUGUAGAGAAGAAAGUAAACGUAGUCUACCAGAAAGUCAUCCAAAAAAAGAUUUACCAGAUUCUCAACAGCCACCUGAAGCUGCCAAAAAUGUUGAAUUAUCAGAACAACUAAAGCAUUGCAGUGAUAUCCUUAAAGAAAUGUUUGCAAAGAAACAUGCAUCAUAUGCUUGGCCUUUCUACAAAUCUGUAGACAUUAGCGCUUCGGGGCUCAAUGACCACCCCGAUGCUAUGAAAUGCCCUAUAGACCUGAUAACUAUUAAGAAGAAAAUGGAUAAUUAUGAAUAUAAAGAUAUACAAGAGUUUGCUGCAGACAUUAGAUUGAUGUUUAUAAAUUGCUACAAGUACAACUCUCCUGACCAUGAAGUGGUUGCUAUGGCAAGAAAACUGCAGGAUAUCUUUGAGAUGCAAUUUGCCAAAAUUCCAGAUGAACCCAAGUCACAGCCCAGAACAGAAAUAGCAAGCACUCUUUCUAGUGAAAGCAGCAGUGAUGACUCCUCUGAAGAAAGAUCUGAAGAUUCAGAAGAGGAAAGAGCAAGGCGCCUUGCAAAGCUUCAGGAGCAGCUUAAAGCUGUUCACCAACAGUUGAGGGCUUUGGCCAAAACUACCUUGCCCAAGCUGAGGAAGAAAAAAGGAAAGUCUAAAAAGGAGGAAAGAGGCAGAGAAAAAUCCAAACACAAAUGUGUGAAUCAAAAGAAGAAAAAGCUAAAACAAAAAAAGUCAAAGAAAAAAUGGUCUUUAAACACCCAGUCAAAGAAAACUAAGCAGCAAGUGUCACUGACACAUAAGUCAGAAGAUGAGGAUAGUGCCAAGCCUAUGAAUUAUGAUGAAAAAAGGCAGUUGAGUUUGGACAUAAACAAACUUCCUGGAGAUAAGCUUGGAAAAGUAGUAUAUAUAAUACAGUCAAGAGAGCCUUCCCUGAGAAACUCUAAUCCUGAUGAGAUAGAAAUAGACUUUGAAACUUUAAAAGCAUCGACGCUUAGAGAAUUAGAGAAAUACGUGAUGGCUUGUUUAAGGAAAAGACGAAGAAAACAUGCGAAGAAACCAGAGAAGUCAAAAGAAGAACUUAAUUUUCAGAAAAAACAAGCUUUGGAAAAGAGGCUGCUGGAUGUCAAUGGGCAGUUAAAUCCUAAAAAGCAAAACACUAAAUCUGAAGAUAACGCUGUACCAAAGAUGAUUGGCAGACCAAGCCGAUUGAGUGAGAGUAGCCCCAGUAGCUCCUCUUCAGACUCUGGCAGUAGCAGUAGCAGUGAUUCUAGCUCCUCAGAUACCAGUGACUCGGAAUCAGAAAUAAGCUCAAAACCAAAUGGAACCAGACAGAACAGCCUGACUUCCAAAGAACAAAUGGAGCAGCAAAUACCUCUGUCUUCACAAAAGCCAUCGUGCAAUGCUGUUCCUGAAGUGCAGACCUCCUUUUCUUUUACUAGUAGCUUACACAAUCAAAGAUCAUCAGAAAUCCAGCCUUCUCAUAAAGUGCUACAAUGGCCUCAGCUUUUGCAAGAUAGUCCACUUAAUCUACCAGACCAAAGUAUGCUGUUACCUUCAGGUGUAAUUACAGUCAUCUCUCCACUGCAUUCCACACCAUUACAGCAAAGACCACAAAAUAUUCCAAAGACAUGCCAGCCUUCUGGCAGCCAGCCUACUUGUGUUGCCACAGAGGCAUCCAAUUUAUCUUCCCUGAAUAUGUCAAUGAGUGAUGGCAAAGAACCUGAAAAAUUAAAUAUUCUUCAGAACAAUGUCGUUGGGGGAGUUGCUGACUCAAAAUCCAUAAAUCAAGAACAAAGUUAUUCUGACAGCACCGAUGGUAAAAACACACUAGAUCUUAAACUUCAAAUUCUUCCUGAAAAGGAUCGCCAAGUCAAGAAUGCAGACUCCUGGAUAACUUUGUGUAAAAAGAUGGCAGUUCCAGUUCCCAUAAAGGCAUCUCUGGAGAACUUCCAACAGUUCAGGAAAGCAGCACUAGAAAAGGAAAAAAAUGAGCGAGCACAAGAAUUAAGGCGACAACUGGAACAAGCACAGAAGAAGGGGAAAAAUCCCUGUCAAGAAAAAGAAAGGACCUAUGAAGGAGUAGAACCGCAAUCUACUGGGAUGGAAAUCCAUGAAGAUCCACAAAAAGAAAGGCCAACUAAUGAACAGCAACAACCACUAGAAGUUCAACAAAAUACGCAGAAAGGUCUUGUCAAAGACCGUAACCUAGCUAGAAAAAUGGAGCAAGAGCGCAGGAGGAAAGAAGCUAUGAUCCAUACCAUUGACAUGAACCUGCAGAGUGAUAUAAUGGCAACUUUUGAGGAAAACCUUUUGUGAAAUUUUGGACACUGGAAAAAGUUACAAUCUCAUCAUAGUCCUUGAGUGACAUUGUAUUAAAUGCAAUGUACAGUAAACUGGACACAAGUGCUAAAUACAUAUGUGCUACUCGUGUAUCAGCAGUGUAUUGUUUAGACCACUUUGAAGAGCCUGUAAACUGUUUAAUUUGUAUAGCAUUGUUAAAUAUUAAAAUUAUGCAUUGACACAAGAUAAUGGUAUUUUUGUUACUUGCAUUCAUAAUGUCAAAUCUACUUGUUAGCUAGUCAUAAGCAAAGUCAUGUUUGCAUAUACAUAUGACUUCUUAAAAUACACUGUAGUUCUUGGAAUAGCUGUGUAUUAAUUUAGAACUUUUAAAAAGCAAUUAUCUUUCAGAACCAUUCUAGAACCUUUAUCUAAAAUAUACUGGUCUAAGAUUUCUUGUUUUCACUUGCUGUUUCUGGUUAAACACUGCAUUUACAUGGUGUUUAACUAAUACUUUGGAGAAAUUAUCCAAACA